AUGGGUCUUGAUGAUAGUGGUUCUUGGAGCAGCGAUAAGUUCGAUGCUGGUGAAGAUAAGCAGGACACCCCUCCUUUCCCUGAGGUUCAGGUGGGCGGUUCCCCUUUGUAUAAAGUAGGGAAAAAGCUAGGGGAGGGUGGACUUGGACAAGUAUAUGUUGGUCGCCGUGUUAGUGGCGAAAAUAUGAACGAGACAACUGGACCUGAAGCUGUGGAGGUUGCAUUGAAAUUUAAGCAUAAAAGUAGUCAAGGAUAUGAAUAUGGACCACCAGAGGAGUGGCAAGUAUAUGACGCUCUAGGUGGCAGCCAUGGUGUGCCAAGAGUAUACUACAAGGGUAGGCAAGGUGGCUAUUAUAUCAUGGUUAUGGAUAUGCUGGGACCUAGCUUGUGGGAUGUUUUAGUUGUUGUGAAUUCCAGAAUGUCCGUUCAAAUGAUUGCAUGCAUUGCAGUUGAAGCUAUAUCCAUAUUUGAGAAGAUGCAUUCUCGAGGGUAUGUGCAUGGGGAUGUGAAGCCUGAAAAUUUUCUGCUUGGUUCUCCGGGGACCGCAGAUGAAAAGAGGCUGUUUCUGGUUGAUUUUGGAUCAGCCUCUAGAUGGCGGGAUGAAUUAACAGGUUCACAUGUGGAGUAUGACCAAAUGCCAGGUUACUUUAGGGGCACAAUCAGCUAUGCGAGUGUGCACGCACAUUUAGGGAGAACUGCCAGCAGGAGGGAUGAUCUGCAAUCCCUUGCUUAUACCUUGAUUUUCCUUCUUCGAGGUCAUCUCCCUUGGAUGGGGUGCAAGGGAGGAGAAAGUGGGUUUUUGGUUUGCAAGAAGAAGAUGGAAAUAACUCCAAAGCUCUUAUGUGGUUUCUUUCCCGAGCCUUUUAGGCAUUUUGUUGAACAUGUAGUAAAUUUGAAGUUUGAUGAAGAUCCUAACUAUGCAAAAUAUAUUUCUCUCUUUGAUGGGAUUGUUGGUCUAAAUCCACAUAGUAGACCAAUUAAUACGGAAGGUGCACAAAAGCUCAUUGGUCAUAAGAGAGAUCGUUUGGCCAUGGAAGAAGAGGAUGAACAACCAAGAAAAAAGUUACUAAUGGAUCUACCAGCAACACAGUGGAUAAGUAUAUUUACUGCUCGCAGACCCAUGAAACAAAGAUAUCACUACGAUGUGUCAGAUGCAAGGCUUUCCCAGCUCAUCCAAAAGGGAAAUGAGGAUGGCUUUUAUAUAAGCAGUGUGGCUUCAUGUUCCAACCUAUGGGCAGUAAUCAUGGAUGACGGUUUCAAAAAACAAGUUUAUGAACUCUCUCCUUACUUUCUUCAUGAGGAGUGGAUAAUGGAUCAGUGGGAAAAAAAUUACUACAUCACUGCAGUAGCUGGAGCUAAAAACGGGAGCUCAUUAGUAGUAAUGUCCAAGGGCACACCAUAUGUACAACAAUCUUUCAAAGUUAGCGAUUCAUUUCCUUUCAAGUGGAUUAACAGAAAAUGGAGGGAAGGCUUCCAUGUUACUGCAAUGGGUACCUCAGGGGUGAGGUGGGCAGUAGUUAUGUCACAGGAUGCAAGAUUUCGCGAUCAGGUGGUUGAACUUGAUUUUAUUUAUCCCAGCGAAGGGAUUCGCAGGCGUUGGGACAGGGGAUAUACAAUAACAUCAGCAGCAGCUACUGACGACCUGGCUGCGUUUGUUCUUAGUGUGCCAAGGAGGAAACUUGCUGCAGAUGAAAGACAAGAGACCCUCAGGACCGGGCUUUUUCCUAGCAUGCAUGUGAAGGACAAAUGGGCAAAGAACCUUUAUAUUUCAUCAAUUUGCUGUGGGAGAACUUUUAGUGUUUGA